AAUGAAAUGAUAAACCAGCUAUCUCGUUGCACUUGUCAGCCCUGUAUAUCUUUUUACGACAAGGCUUCAAAAUGCUCUUAGGCCUACGCUACAUACAAUUAGCUGCCUAUGCUUACUAACUGGCAGGCCAGCUAUCUAGCAAUACUGCACGCGCACCAUCUUACGCCCAGCUCGAGUCGCGUUGUCAGUCACGUAGCUGGGUAAUGUUUAAAAAUUAGCAAAGGUUAUUUAUUGUUGUGGUCUUGCAUUCUGUUCUACUUCUGGGGGUCUGUUCCGUCAAUAUUAUUCAAAAGAAAAUGACGUACCAUGCCACUGCUCAUACCUACGUGGCCAUUUCUGAUUUACAUCCGAACUGUACACAUCCGAACAUUUUAGGGGUUGUUAUUGGGAAAACUGAUGUCAAAGGCUUUCCAGACAGGAAAAAUAUUGGUUCCGAAAGAUUCACCUUCAGCUUUACCAUUAAGGACUCAGCAGACCAUUUCAUCAAUGCUUCAUCGUGGGGCACAGAUGAUUAUAUCCAUGGGCUGUCCAACAGCUUCAGAAUUGGAGACUGUGUAAUUAUUGAGAAUCCUUUAGUCCUCACAAAAGAUGCUGAGAAAGAGGACAGAUUCUGCCCUUCAACUCCAAGCUUCUACAGGCUGUUGGUAACUGAAAAUCACUCCACCAUAAGUGUAUACCCAGAUAUGGAGGCAGACGACAGGCUCCUAGCUCUGCUCCAUCUGCCUGUGAAGGAUCCAGCUGACUUCUAUUCAUUGGGGGAUAUUGUUGCAAAUGGUCAGACCUUGGACGGCAGUGUGAUUAAUAUUCUCGCAGCUGUUCAGUCGAUCGGAGAGAUCAAGUAUUUCACAACUUCAGAUGGUCGCAAAGGGCAGAGGUGUGAAGUGAAACUCUUUGAUGAAACCGAGACAAUGUUUUCCUUAACCUGUUGGGACAGAGAAGCAAUUCAGCUGGUUCAGGCGUGGAUACCAAGAGAGACAGUGCUCUUCAUUGCAGAUGCACGUGUCAGUUUUGAUAACUUCCGCAAAAGUAUGGUUGCCACAGUUACCUCAAAAACAAUCAUUACCGUCAACCCUGACACAAAAGAGGCCAAUCAGCUCUUUAAUUAUGCCAGGGAGUUCUCAGAAACCGGAGGACUGGAUGAUCAAGAAAAACAGCCUGGAGAAGUACCAUUGGAUUCUAUUACUGAUGUGUUCACUGUGAAUCAGUUGAAACUCAGAGCUCAGGAAAAUCUUGAGAGGCAAGACACCAUCUAUGGAAUCACAUAUGGCUUCAUGACCACUUUGAGUAUUGACUCCUCAAUUUCCAAAGUCAUUCGAAGCAGGUGUGCCAAGUGCAGAUUUCAGGUAAAUGAGGAAAUGCAGGUGUGCGCCAAUGCUGCGUGCCCAGCGCAAGGGCAGCCCCUGGAGGCCACGGCGGGGUUUGACCUGCUGGUGGACGUCACUGAUCACACGGGCACGCUGCAGUCCUGCUCGCUGUCCGGCACUGCAGCGGAGAAUACGCUGGGAUGCACGGCUGAAGACUUUGUUUGUCUGACAGAGGUGCAGAGGACAGCUCUGAAAUGGAGAUUCCUUUUGGAAAGAUGCAAAAUCUAUCUGAAGGUUCUUCCUUCUUCAAAAGCCAGAACUGGGUUGAGAGGGAGCAUCCUGUAUUGCACAUUAGCUGAUCCAGUGGAAGUGCGUCAAAAUGUCCUGACUGAGUAACGCAAGUGCAUAACUAAUCCUGGGAUGAGUUAUGUUGUGGUUUUUUGGUUUACUCCUGGGUGUAAUAGCUUCAGGUAUUGCUAUUUUUAUGUGAUAUGUUUGAAUUGAAUAAUUCGAGUUUGUUACACAUGGGUUCCACCAAGUUACAAAAUAAAUAUUCCAAGUAUUAUACAUUAAAAUGUAUUAUGAA